AUGUUGCCUCUCUUAGCUCUCUGUUACAAUGGUUCUCGAUUUUGUUAUCUAUCUAUCUAUCUAUCUAUCUAUCUAUCUGUGGAAGGAUUUUUUAUGAGACCCAUCGAAAAUUCACAUAAUUUUCUUUCUUUCUUUCUUUCUUUCUUUCUUUCUUUCUUUCUUUCUUUCUUUCUUUCUAUUACUCCCAGUUACUCAUAUUUAUUAUAUGCUAGUUACAAAUCUAUCUAUCUAUCUAUCUAUCUAUCUAUCUAUCUAUCUAUCUAUCUAUCUAUCUAUCUAUUUGAUACUUCCUGUCAUUCGCGCCUCAUCCAGCUUCACCAGCCCAUUGCUUCUUUCUCUCUCUCUCCAUUGUUCUUCGUUAUUUCUUUGUUAGUCUACCCCUUUCCCUUUUUCCCUUCGUGGGGGGGGGGCAGCCUAUUCAUAUCUAUCUAUCUAUCUAUCUAUCUAGCUGGCUAG